AUGGCACACCGCCAGAUUACUCGGCAGCUUAUUGCCGGUGCAUGCAUCACUAUCUUUCUGAUUUUUCUUUUCUUGGUCCAACCUCAAGGUCCGCCGAGUCCCGCCGUUCGUGCCCCUGGCCACCUCGACAAAUCCGCGCCGGCCGUGGUGCUCAAAGAUGAUCUGAUCAAAGGGGAGGUGGUAAUGCCCAAGUUGGGGAAUGCAACGGCAAAGGCGGAAUUAGGCCGUGCGACCUGGAAGUACUUCCAUACCAUGCUGGCUCGGUAUCCCGAAGAUCCGACCGAGGAGCAGCAGGAAACCUUACGCUCUUUUAUCUAUCUCUUUGCGCGACUCUACCCAUGUGGCGAAUGCGCCUCGCACUUCCAAGGUCAUUUGAAAAAGUAUCCCCCGCAGGUCUCGUCGCGCAAUGCGGCUGCUGGAUGGGGCUGCUUCAUCCACAACGAAGUGAACAUCAUGCUCGAGAAAGCUGAAUUCGACUGCAACAAUAUCGGCGAUUUCUAUGACUGCGGCUGUGCGAAAGACGAAGAGGACGAGGAUGAGGACCCGACCACAAACAAGGAUCUGCCCAGUGCGCGGAGGGAGGCCGAUAGCGACGACGCACUGCCGCUGGUCGAGAUUAACAGGGAACCGACUGCUCGAGGAUGA